AUGGAGUUUCUGGCUGCAAUUAGGGAACUCAAGGCCCUCCCGGAGGCUACCCACAUUUUGUGCCCCCGAAAAGGCGACGAUGACCAUGGACACUACGACGAUCUAGAACAAGUGGAUGAAGAGGGGAAGGCUAUCAAGGAUAUUGUGGCCGAAGCAAAGGCGCGAAGAGAGAGUUUCCUCUCGUCCAUGCGCAUCCUGGCGUACCAUAAGGAUGGAGUAGAGGAAGAUCAGAACUGGGUUCUGGCAAAACUAGACGAGUCGCUGGAGAAGUGUGAUCUAUGCAUCAAGCAUUAUUACAUCGGCAAGAUCUGGCUCGUGGACCUGCUGAAGGAGGAGAACUAUCAUGAAGAUGAUAUUGAGGCGUUUGCCCAGAGAAUCGACGAGUGGGACAUUCGGAGAAUCACCCGCAACUUGACAAUCGCUACAACGCAGUUGAAGCAAACCCCAUUGGAGAAAAUUGGCUUGGGUGUUUUGGAUAGGGCGGCGUUGCUGUCAAUUUUCGAGACACUGAGCUGUGAAGCCAUGCUGCGCAACGAAAGCCUCCUACAGCAAUAUUUUGAUGAGCCGUUCAAGCUCAUUCAAACAAAGCGGAGCUUGAAGGUUUCCGAUUACAUUCCUGCUGUCUCCCGUUUUCUUUUCGAUUCCAAUCAACUUCGAAGCUACUGGGCUAUUCAGUCAUGGACACGAUACGCGCGGCCUCCUACUACUCAGGAAUUUGAAUGGGCGGUUCGCGAUGGCCUGGUGAUGGGCUUAAAAGCUGCUUCACAACAGCCACCGCAAUUUGCAGUUAUCCAGAGGUUGUGGCGAGGCAUGCAGCUUGUCGUCCGAAAGCUGGACAAGGAGCAGAUUACACAUCAGCUUCGAGGGUUGGAAAUAGACCCUUGCCGUCUUUCCGUCGAUCAUCUCUCCAUACCUGCGCCGAGCCUGCGAUUUCUUCUCAACGCCAUCCAGCUAUUCCUUGAGAAAGCCCCGGUUGACUUCUGGGAUGCUAUGCAAGCCAUUUCUCCCCAAGCAAUCAUGGAGCAAACAUUUUACAACACACAAUUCAAUGCCUUUCUCAUGGAAACGUCCGAAGGCGAGCCUUUUGAGAGGUCCGCAUUGAAGGACAUGCUUUCCUGGAUCAGUCCCUUCCUCGGCUCAUUGAAAGGUGCCCACCAGCCGUCUGCCUGUCGAUUCUUGACAUUGCAAUUACUUGGCCGUCUUCAAGAUACCCAAUAUCCCAAUUUGUCACGCUAUCACUGCUUUAACAUUGGCUUGAGCAGCCUCCUUCAAACGCUACGCCGCUUUACAGAAAAUGAGUCUUCCCGAGGUACAGUUACUCGUAUCGUGUUGGCAGAGACAAUGGGAGUGGUUGGUGAUACCAUCAAUGUCAUCAUCAACCCCCCGACCUUUGAUGUCGAGAAAAGUCGACAGGAGGAUAUUCGCGCGCAGUGCAUGGAAGUCGUACGCAACACCUUGGCAUUAGAGUGUCAGUCAUUGAAGACCGAUUAUGAAGCACUUCUGAAGCAAGGUACCCUCGCACACGGAGUAUCUACCUACUCUGCCCCCAUCUGGGAUGCUGUCAUCAAGAACCUGCACCCGGGUAAUCUGCCGCUGUCAAGUUCGGCCCUCCUAGGUAUUUUGCCCCUAGUGGGGUUGGAGAUGUUUCCCACGAAAGGAGAAGGGAACAAGGAGAAGACUCACUUCAACAUGAUUUAUGGCCAUCUCACCAACCUCUCAUGUCGAAUCAUCGGACGUCUCGUAGACUUUCCUCCCGAGCAUCUUGAGACGUUGUUCCGAAGUCAGGAUACAAGCAGCGCUGUGAUUUCAGCUUUGUUUGCCGCCGACCUAGACACAUACACAGCUGCGGUUGACCUGAUCAAGGCCGUCAGUGGUCAGUCAGCUCGACGAGAUGCCAUUUCUCAUCUGCUCCAAACUUCGUUCACGACCACGAUCUACGGUCUCAGUUGGUCGUUCCGUCGGAUCUCUCACAUGAAGACUUUCGCGCCGGCUCCAAGAAUGCUAUACACUGGUACAGAUAUCGUAGAGAUAUUAUGUGAUAGUCAGACCGGUAUGUUGCGAACUCGUAAUCUCGCUGAUCGUCGAGAGGUCAUCUCGCUACAGAAGCUAUGGGAGUAUCUGUGGCUAGCAUUGACUACGAUCUUUGAUGAGACUGAGGCAUGGCAUCUUCGGGGUAACGAUAAGACCGUCAUGCUUGAAUUCUGCCGUGACACCAUUCAGUUCGCAGAUCUUCUAUUUGAUCAGUAUGGUGUGUUCUUGGGAGCUGUAGGGAACGCUGAUCCGGGGCAGACAUCUACAUCGGAAAAUUUCUUGAAGUCGCCAACUGCCACAAUGAGUGCUAUGGUAAAAUGGCUUAGGUUGAAGGAUGAAUUUCUGGCAACUACACUCGUAGGGUUGGUGGCAAAGCUUCUGCGCCGAUUAGGUGGGAUGAAUGUGACCACCGUGAAGCCAGAUGCGUUGAGCUUUAUUGAGGGGGUUGCUGUCAAUGGCACUAUCAAAACAAUCCUCAACCAACGUGAGAAGGCAGAAUUAGUCCGCUCAUUGGAGGCGUACUACAAAAAACCUGUCGUCACUGCCUCAACUGCUUCUCUCAAGAAACAAUCUUCUAUCACCGCUUUUGCGAAACCCUCUGAUACCUCGAGCCCCUCACGCAUUACGAGUGACGACGAUUUUGACGAUGAUAAUUUGACCGACCAAACUCUUCUUGAAUUGUCUUCUUCUGUUGAAUUCAACAAGGCUCGUAUCGCAACCCAAGCCAAACGGGACGCUGCGAAGGCCGCCAAAAUGCAUACCUCUACGGCUGUCAAGACUCGUCCAGAUACGUUCGCUCCCGGAUCGUUCCUCAAGUCAGUUCCUCCUGUACGAUCCGAUGGCAACAACGUCCUAUCUUUCCGUGAGAAGCGUGAACGGGAACGGGAGGCCAAGAAGAAGCGUGAUCAGCUUGAGCUCGCUAGACUCAAGAGGAACAUGCCUGCUCAUGGCGUUGGGGAACAGACAGCUGAACAAGGCUCUGGCCUUAAAGGUAUUGGUAUCAAGGGUAAAGAUCAUACAACCCCCGCUGAUAGCAUGAUGGUCUCCUCUGGUGACGAGUCUAAUUCUGAGAGUGAAGAUGAAUUAGACAAGGAGCUCUUUGGUGCCAAACCAAAGAAACCCGAGGCCGUUGCGGCCUAUGAACUAAGCAAGAAACAAUCCCUUCAACAGCAACCCGUCAAAAAAAUCAAGCGCCAUCGAUCUGUCAGGGAUAUGCGGGCUCGCCUGGCUCCAGAUCUCGGUUCUCUUCACCACUCAAUCCUCUCCUGGGACUUUUUCGCAACCGGCGACCUUCCUCCUACCUCGGACCGCACCGAUUAUUCCCUGGUCUCGAACACGUUCCGCACACCCGAUGCCUACCAAAGUACAUUCGAACCUUUGUUGAUUCUUGAGGCGUGGCAAGGUUUCCAACAGGCAAAGGACGAAGGUUCUUUCCGGCCCUUCGAAGUCAAAGUCAUGACCCGAUUGGCUGUCGACUCGUGGAUCGAAUUCAGCACCCAACCGCUUGGCAUUCUUCCCAAGGAUUUCAGCAUGGGUGAAGGUGAUUUGGUCUUGUUCUCCAACUCGUCGAAACUUACAACCGACCCUACUGCUCCCCACGUUCUCGCACGUGUCUGUGGUGUCAAUCGGAAAAACAAAAAGAUGGAGGUCACAUAUCGGGUCAAUCCUGGGAGUAGCAAGUUCCUGUCUUCCUUUGGACCAGGAACUGAGGCAUGGGGCGCCAAGAUCACUUCUCUCACCCCAGUGGAGCGUGAAUAUGGUGCCUUGAUGGCGUUGCAGUACUAUGAUCUGUGUGAGGAGAUUGUCAUGGCUAAACCCUCACCUCUUCUCACUUACUCCGACACACGACUCCAGCCCAUCAUGGAUAAUUACUCCAUCAAUCGGGCUCAGGCAAGAGCCAUCAAAUCAGCUGUUGACAACGACGCGUUUACUCUUAUCCAAGGUCCCCCAGGUUCCGGAAAGACCAAGACUAUCAUCGCACUUGUCGGAAGUCUCCUAAGUGACGUGCUUGGGAAACAAGUGGUCAAAGUUAAUGGUGGCCCUGCGAGAAAUGCCCUAUCAAAAAAACUUCUCCUGUGUGCGCCUAGCAAUGCUGCUGUCGACGAGUUAGUCAUGCGAUUGAAGGAAGGUGUGAAGACGACACAUGGUCGGCAAGAAAAGGUCUCCGUUCUUCGUCUAGGAAGAAGUGACGCAAUUAACACCAAGGUGUUGGAUGUUACCCUUGAGGAGAUGGUCAAUACCCGCCUGAACCAGGACCCCAGCAAAGGAAAUGGUGUCGACUUGCAGAAGCUCUAUGAAGAGCAUAAGACAACUGAUACGUCAUUCAAAGAGCUUCGUGGGCGACUCGAUGAAGCACGAGCAAAGGGAAUGCCUCCUCCGGAGGAGCUGGAGCGCGAGUUCGAGUUGAUGAAAAAGAAGCGGUCUCAACUGAGCACGUCUAUCGAUAAAGCCCGCGACCAGAACCAUACGCUGGCCCGCAAUGCUGACAUGCAUAAACGCCGAAUCCAAGAAGAAAUUAUCAACGAAUCUCAUGUCAUCUGCACUACUCUCAGUGGCUCUGGACAUGAAAUUUUCCAGGGUAUGAAUGUUGAGUUUGAGACUGUCAUCAUCGAUGAGGCAGCACAGUGUAUUGAACUCAGUGCUCUCAUCCCAUUGAAGUACGGCUGCUCGAAGUGUGUUCUUGUUGGUGAUCCCAAACAGUUGCCUCCAACUGUUCUGUCGAAGAUGGCCUCCAAGUUCCAGUAUGAACAGAGUUUGUUCGUCCGCAUGCAGAGGAAUCACCCUCAAGACGUGCACUUGCUGGAUAUCCAGUACCGUAUGCACCCGGCUAUCAGUCGUUUCCCUAGUGUGACGUUCUACGAUGGCAAGUUGCAGGAUGGACCGGACAUGGCCAAGCUGCGCCGGCGUCCCUGGCAUCAAAGCGAACUUCUCAGUCCUUACCGAUUCUUCGAUGUUCAGGGAAUGCACUCAUCUGCAGCCAGAGGACAUUCCUUGGUCAAUUACGCGGAGUUACAAGUGGCAAUGCAACUGUAUGAUCGUUUGAUCACAGAUGUAAAAGACUACGACUUUGCGGGCAAGAUUGGCAUCAUCACACCUUACAAGGGCCAACUGAGAGAGCUCAAGCUCCAUUUUGCCCAACGAUAUGGCGAAGACAUUCUGAACAAGGUUGAUUUCAAUACGACUGACGCUUUCCAAGGUAGAGAAAGCGAAGUCAUCAUCUUCUCCUGUGUCCGAGCAUCCAACAAGGGUAUCGGUUUCUUGGCUGAUAUCCGCCGUAUGAACGUCGGUCUCACCCGUGCCAAGUCAUCGCUUUGGGUUCUAGGUAACUCCCAGUCCCUGGAGCAGGGCCAAUUCUGGAACGGGCUCAUUAAGAACGCGCGGGAGCGAAAUGUCUACACGCAGGGUGAUAUUGUGAAACUCCUGGAAAAGCCACAAUUCACUGGCUACAAAGAGAUUGAAAUGGUCGACCUUGACGCCGAAGAAGCCCGAAGUUCUCCUGACUAUGAACCCCCUGUACCACCAAUUUCCCGCCCUUCAUCGGCCUCUACUGGCCUUGACUCGCGCUCCGUCUCGGUGUCUGCCUCUGGGCGCGGUACACCUCCAAUUGCACGGCCUGAUGGACCUUCUGGGGGAGCCAAGGGCCUAGACACGACAAAAAUGUGUGGGAUCUGUGGAAGCGCCGACCAUUUCACUCAUAACUGCGACAAUGACGAGGCAAAGGACAAUGCUCGAGGAACCUGUUUCCGCUGCGGUCGGGCUGGUCACACCAGGAUCUCCUGCCGUGCUCCACGAUGCGGCGAAUGCGGCGAAUGCGGGCAUACGUCCCACGCCUGCAAGUCUACGAAAGUCCUUUCAAAAUUCGAGAAAGCUCGUAUUGAGAGAGAAGAGUUUAACCUCAAGCAACGUCAAGAUUCAUUCACUGCGCGUCAGCGAGAGCGUCAACUGGGAGGACACGACCGCAAGGUCCCUGUCGUUCAAGCCACAAAUUCAACCCCGCCCGUGAAGCCUGCUGAUAAUCCCGCGAAGAGAAAACGCGAAGAAUCUGCCUCUGGUGGACCACAAUCGCAACGUCCUCGUACCGGGCCAAAUGCCCCAAUCAAUGCCCCAAGAGGCCCAUUGGGUAGUGGCCAUCCCGGUCUAUCUGGUCCGACUGCUCGUGGUCAGAAUGUCCCUCGAGUCAGUGGUCACCCAGGUCUUUCUGGUCCCCCUCGCAAUAGCCCAGUGGCCAAUGCUGGCAAUGGUUACAAGGGACCGCCAAGCAGCGGCCCACCAGGAGGUCUCAUCAAGCCUUCUCGCGAUGACCAGGCGUAUCCGACCGAAAUUGACCCAACAAGGGCUCUGCCGCCAGGAGCAAAUCCCCCCAACCAAGGUCCUCUCAAGCCCCGACCCCCAAUGAUCCGCAAAAAGAAGGAGUCAGAUCCUUUCAUCCGACCCAAGCCGAAGCGCAAGUGA